AGAGGAUAUUCAAAAAGAAAAAACAAACAAAAACAGAGUAAUACUCUAUCAACAAAAAGAAAAAACAAAAACAGAGUAAUACUGACAGAGUUCAACAUAAAAAAUACUUAAUUCCAUCUCCAUUGGCAUUGUUCAAUUCAGAAGAUUUACAUUAGAAAAAAGGAUAUGGGAGGAGGAACCAUGAACAUUGACCUGCCUAUCAAUCAGCUCAGAACUUCCUCCUCUAACCUAUCUUCUCUGUCUUUUACUUCCAAUCUUAACCUUCCAGAUUCAGCCAAUCAUUCUGCUGCAUCUUUCAAGCCAACUCGCUCUGCUUCUUGUUGCUGCUGUGGUAGCAAAACUUGCAGAAAACUAGAACUUGCAAAUGGAAAAGAUGCUAGAGCAAGUGGGUUUUCAUAUAACUCUGUUUUUGGCCCUGUUCCAUCCCAAUCUGAAGUUCAGACUGCAGCAUCUUUUCUUCAGAAUUUUGGACAUGGUAUAUCUCCAAGUGGGUCAGAGUUGAAAUGGCUUCUAGAGAUGGUAGAGAGACGAGUGCCUAGAACGUUGCUUAGAAGUGUUUACGAUGCUUUUCAGUUGUGGCAAACAGAUCCAUGGGUUCAGAGACUGGUGGUUUCAAUAGCAUCUGAUAAAGCUGUGUGGGAUGCAAUUAUGAAUAAUGAAUUGGUUCGGAAGCUGAGAGAGCCUCUCUGUGCAGAUGAAACUGGAAAGCCUCAGAAUUCAAACGAAGAAGCAGACUUGGGUGCACAAAUUUGGCGGUGGAUUUGUGAAAUCACAAAACUAAAAGUUGUGGAACUGAUUGAGAAAUUUCAAUCACUGAUGGAUGAGAUGUUUUAUCCUCCUCAGACCGAGAAGGGAAACCCUGCUGCAGAUGGUGAGGACCAAUUACGAGACAAAUUAAGAUCUUCAUUGCUUCUCUCGGUUGUCGUCAUUUUAGUUGUGGUUGUGGCUCGACUCCAAAGGCCUUGAUCAUUAUCGUAGGCAGCAAAAGAAAUAGUUGGCGAAGGGCACCUUAAUCAAUAUCAUAGCUCAUCCAAAUAUAAGAAAUUAGUCUCAGACUCUUAAUGUUCAUAUUGCAUGAUUUUUUUUUUUUUUUUUUGGAUAAACAUAAAUAUUGCUACUUUCCACAGAUAAAGUCCUUAGGACAUGUUUUGUGGGCACGACUAGAUUGGAGUGCAUAAAAUUUUUGUGUGUUGCUUAUCUCCAUUCUCUAAUUAGUGCGUUCUUCGGUCAUGAUCAAUUCAUGCUUAUUGUAGGGAAGAAGUAAAAACAACUAAAUUUUUUACAAUUUAUUUUCAUUGGAAUAUAUAAUUAGUUUUGUAUCA